UGAGUUUGUAUGCUCCGUUUUCCGUUCAUUUGAAAAAGCCAACAGAAACUUAUUUUCUCACUGUCUGUAUCUUUGUAUCUGAAUUUUCGAAUUUUUUCGAAAGCGAUACUAACAUGUCGGAGAACAAAGAUGAUCCACGAGAAGUUCUCGUUCUCCUUAAUUCUUUAGGAUUUGUCGGUAUCACUGCGGCUCAGCUGAAAGCUUUUAUGAAAGAUUUGAAGAUAUACAGAAAGAUAAAAGAACGAGAAAAGCAGCAACGGAAAGAAGAGAUCAAGACAAAAGUGAUUAACUCGCAACAGGCUCUGAUCAAAGAAACUUUGGGCCAUCGGAAGAUCAAUUCUGCUGUUCCCUCUGAAUCCUCAAAUUCUCACGACAGUGAGCCAUUGGUUAAAAUUAGAAUAAGAUGUCUGUCUGAUUCUCACGAGGAGGAUGCUCAAACACAAAAAUGUUUCAAAACAACUGCGAUAAAGUCAAGUCGGAAACAACAGUCCCAAAAGAAAGAUAGUCACAUUUCUGAACCAGAUAGAGUAAAUUGUGAACGUCUUAAUGUUGGACCAUCUGAUAAUUUACAAAGCAGACAAACUGUUUCUAAAAAUGUAGUAAAAAGUAGUCACGCGACAGAAACAGAAGGAAUAAAACCAAUACAGGAGCAUCCAACAGACAAACCUAGUUCAUCGAGGCCACGAUUGAAAAGUACCACCUCGGAUCCAACUGGACACACACGAACACAAAGUGCUUUAUCUGCAACGUCGUCAGUUAAUUCUAAACAUAAAUCAUUUAUUCGACCAUGGAGAUUGCAGCCGGAAGUUCAAAGGAAUAUUAACAAGAAGUGUGAUCCCGUAGCUCUUUAUCAAAAGUAUCAACGGGAAUGGAAACAGAUCUCUUUUCCCGGUGAAGCAAAGCAUUCGAAAAUAAGAUGGGCUGUGCGAGAAAAAAUGCUUGGUGGAGAUUUGCUACCUGUGCCACUUCCGAGGAAGUCUGUAAGCAUGCCAAUAUUGAAGAAGAAAUGAUGAAGAAUUAUAGUAUUUCGAAAAAAAAAGGAGAUUAAUUCAGUAAGUGACGCGACAAUAAUUACGACUGUGUCUAAUGAUGAGCUCUAUUUUUGUAACAAUCUUUCUGCAAUGACGCUCUCGUUGUUACUACAGAUGUUAAAAAACUUGUACAUAUAUAAGAGCAGUUUGUACAUACAAGAUAGAUAUAAGUGAUGUAAUUAAUUUUUUGUUUAAUUUUAGUCAAGAAUCUUGUUUACU